CAAUCAUCCGUUUCAUCAACUUUUUCUUUCUUUUUUCUCAAAGGCAUGACUAGUAGCACUUCAUCAGAUUCUCAACUCCGCCAUCCAUCGCCGGAAGCUCAAGAGAUUUUCCGGCCAACCACCACCGUAAGUCCACACCCAGAACAUCAGAACCCUAGAAAGAAACGAACAAAGAGGAUCAAACCCCAGAACAUGAACGCCAUUGUUGGUGGUGAUGGUGGUGGAAGUUCCGGUAGUCAUUCAAGAAAACCCAAAUACACAAAGAAACCCGACCCGAAUGCUCCUAAAAUUACCCAACCCUGUAGCGAAUGUGGGAGAAUGUUUCCGUCAUCGAAGGCUCUGUUUGGCCACAUGCGUUGCCACCCUGAACGGCCAUGGCGGGGGAUCAAUCCACCACCACCACUAUCCAAUCUCCACCACACUCCGCCUCUCAUGGCGGCAGAUGAUGGUAAUACUAAUACCCUUCCAACCACCACCGAAGACCACUAUCUCGCGUCUUGCUUGCUAAUGCUGUCCAAAGCUCCGGCGACGUCGUUUAAGUGCACUAGUUACAAAAAGGUGUUUGGGUCCCACCAGGCGUUAGGUGGGCACAGGGCUAGACCUAGUCAUAAGAACGUGAAGGGCUGUUUUGGAAUAAUGAGAAAUGAAAGGGGUGUGGAGUUCAAGGAAGGAGAGUUGGAGGGCCAGUUUGAUAAUAAUAUGAUGAUGAUUGUAGGAAGUAGUAGUGAACAUAAGUGUAGUAUUUGCUUAAGAGUGUUUCCAAGUGGACAAGCACUUGGUGGGCAUAAAAGGUGUCAUUGGGAGAAAGAUGAUGGUGUUGUACCAGCUGCAUCAACAUAUGUACUCUUCCCCUCAAAGUGUAAUAUCGAUUUGAAUUUGCCUCCCCCUCGAGAAGAUUAUUCAAGUUCUUCAAAUUUAGAUUUGGAUUUGAAGUUAGGACUUUGAUAUUGUAAUCAUGUAUAAUUGUGUCACUAUGUUACUCUGAUAUAUAUCUAUGCUUACAGUGUAAGGGUGAGCAUAAACCGGUACCCUUAUCAGUGUUUGGAACCAGAACCAUUCUCAUUCAUAUCUGUUUCGGGUUCUGGUUUCAAACUGUUCUUAUCGAGUCCAAAGUUUAGGAACCGGAACCAUUCCUAAUCAUAUCUGUUUCAGUUCUGGUUCCAAACUGGCUAUGAUUUCGCAACUUUAGUCUUGAAGUCAAAAUACUAAA